AUGAGAUCCAGACGUAGUCACAAACGGAUCAAUUACAACGAGCUGUCAAGUGACAACGGCCUCGAAACUGCUGAGGAGGACACUCCGAAAUCGGUGUUAUUAGGAACACCGUCCGAAAAGGUCGACACUGACGUUGACGAUGUCAACGGAAUUGUUUCGAAGACUAGUGCAAUAACAGGACGCAGCAUAUCCCGCGGAUCCAGCAGCCGGGCAAGCCCAGAAGUUAGAUCAAGUGAUUGGCAUUACGACAGCUCCAAAACUGGCUUCAUGGAUCUCCCUGUAGAGAUCCGGCUGAGCAUCUACAAACUUGUCUUGGUAACAAAAGACUGUAUAGAAUUUGGGCGGCGUAUUAAUUUUCCUCACUCGUCGGCCUUGCUGAGUGUCAAUCGCAUUGUUGCUCGAGAAGCUGCACCUAUACUGUCCGAAUGGAAUACGUAUCAACAAUAUACGCUCACAAGUUUAGCAUGGAAGUUUGUGGGACCUACCAAUCUCGGUCUGCUUCGAACCAUAUUUCUGAAAUUUGACGACGCCACACCAUCGGACGAGCCCAAAUUGCUCUUAGAAAAUCGUCGCUUUCAGUACAACGAGGAUCUUUCUAGGAGCCUCGAAGUGCUUGGGAAGUAUGCCACCGGACUCGAGCUGCUCAAGGUGGCAUUUUGUGGACGCCAGAAGUUUCGCAAAGGCGACACUGUGGCCACUCAAAAUUUCACUAACAUUCUAGUGAAGCUCAAAGCAGACGUAGUGAUCUUUGAAGAUCUUUACAUCAAUCGAUAUUCGAAUCGAGCCUCUAAUGCAUUUGAUCUUUGGCCCUACGAGGGUGGUAAAGCUUACUGGGGACACCAUCCUAGAGAGAACAAAAUCGACGCUAGAAAUCAAGACUUCUUCGAGGAGAGGCUAGUACGCAAGGAACCCAUAAACUCCAAAAUCAUUGCGGCCUUUGAGAAAGCACAAGAAGAAGGCGAAAUGCUGAGGAGGAAGCACAAACUAGAAGGCAGGCCCUACAUUUGGUACUGA